AUAUAAUUGUAUUUUUAAAAAAUUAUAUGAUGGGUGAGAAGAUAAGGUAAUUGAGAAAAUAAGACAUGUGAGUGAAAAUAACAGCUAUUUGUAUGAUAUUACCUGCUACCUGCUGUGGCAGUUAUGAAAAAUUGGCGCACCGGUGCACCGGAGACGUUGCCCUUAAUUCACUAAUAUGUGAUACAUGUGAUGUGGUACAGUACAGCUAUAUAAAGCUCCAAACCAAAAGUAUUGAUCGGCUGGUUACAACAACCCAAAAGUGACAAUCGCACAGCCAUUCAUUUGAUUAGAUGUUUUGUCUUUUAUUUUUCAGUAUUGUAAGUGGGCAUACGACAUGCAGCUCAGGUAAUUAUGCAGACAAGGAGGGCCACACGACGUCACUUGCUGGCAAAUUAGGCAGAGCAAAGAUUCCACGAAUGAAGCCGACGACAAUAAACAAGAACAAACCUACCUCUGAGACUUUCCUAUAUAAUUGUAUCUAACCUCUUCACCUUCCUCUCUCAAUAAGCUUCUCUCACGCCUCCUCCUAUCCUAGAUAUGGCAGCUGUCCUUCGCAUUAGCAUCAACCCGAACCCAUUGGCAACUAUAAUGUCAAGAUCAAAUCCUAGCCGUCCAUCUAGGACCACGACGGCUGUAAUGUCGCAAGAUCAUCCUUAUUGGGCGUCCGUGCAUGCCGAGAUAGAGGUCCAUCUCAAGCAGCACAUCCUUGUCAGGCCUCCACUCUCAGUGUUUGAGCCCAUGCACCAUUUCGUGUUUUCCGCCCCGCCAAGCCCCGGACCGGCCUUGUGCGUGGCCUCAUGCUCGUGGGCGGCCACCGCGACCAAGCCAUUGCUGCGGCGGCUGCCUAGCACCUCAUGCAUGCCGCAGCUGUUACUCAUGAGCAACUUCUAUCAACCGAUAGGCCCAAGACCAAGCCCAAGCCCAGGCCCAUGGUUCACAGACCAGGGGUAGAGCUUCUCACUGGAGAUGGAAUAUUUGCAUUUGGGUAUGAGUUAUUGGCUAAGUUAAUGGAUCCGGGCCUAAACAAUUCGGACCGGAUUUUACGGGUUAUCGUUGAAAUGACACGUGCCAUGGGGUCACAGGGCAUGGUGGAUGGGCAAUACCAUGAGAUACUGAUGCUGUGCAAACAAUCAAGGUACUACAAAUACGUGUUUGAAAAAAAGGAAGGUGGGUUCCAUGCAUGUGGGGCCGCCUGUGGGGCCAUAUUAGGAGGUGCAAGUGAGGAGGAAAUAGAGAGAUUGAGAAGAUAUGGUCUGUGUAUGGGAGUGAUGAGAGCGUUUUCAAAUAGAGUUGAAGAAGGAAAUGAGAUGGAAACAAUGGAAGUGGUGAAGGAGCUCAGAAGUUUGGCACUCAAGGAACUAGAAUUUUUCCAUGAAGGAAAGGCUGAGGCAAUUUCUAGCUUCCUUCGUCUCUUCAGCCUUUGACGUUGCGAAUCGAUAUAUAAAAAUGCGAGAUUAUAUGUAUAUAUGAUUGAUUGAUUGAUGUAGAAUUUGCAGUAAGUUCGUAGUGCAUAUACGCGUGGAGUGGCGGAGCCAAUAUAAGGUAAUUUGACUCUAAUAAUUUCGAAACGUGCCUUCAUGGACGACUAUUUUUAGCCAAACUACAAGCAAAUAAUUGAACUAAGAAGAGGAUUAUGAUUUCCCUGUUUUAGAAUGUAUGUCGACAAAUCAAUGCUGUAAAGUUUAGGCGAAAAAAUAACAGAUAAGGGAUUUAAAAGGUAAGAGCACUGAGCCACCAUGUGGUUGAACUUGAACCUAAAUUAUUAUUACUUGUACAAAAUAAUGCAUAAGUUUUGUCGUUGA